AUGGCUAGACAAAUUUAUGAUGCUAUGCAACCAGAGGGAGUUGGAUAUGAAGUACACUACAUUACUACCUACCCCAAAUACAAUCAGAUUAUUUUGGCAAAGGGAGGUAGCCAACUUAAGGCAACAACUGCAGAGCUUGAAAGAACAGCAUCGGCAGUACAUGGGAGAACAGCUUUGUGGCUUGAGUGUCAAAGAACUGAAGGGUCUAGAAAGUCAAUUAGAAAUGAGUCUGCAGGGUAUUCGUAUGCAAAAGGAACAAAUAUUAACUGA